UGAUAUAUCUGCAAGUCUCGCGGGAGUUGAGAAGUCGGAGAGCUUCAGGAAGGCAAAAAUGGCUACGCCGAAAGUGUUGAUGCUGACGCUGGCGUCGUUUUUCUCGCUGUCAACGGCGUCCGAGUCCUUCGACCAGCUCUUAGGAGAUGUGACGCCGUGUAUCAAGUCGUGUGAGAUGACCUACCCGCUGCACACCUACCCCAAGCAAGAGAACCUGUACGCGUGCAGACGUGGCUGCCGGCUUUUCUCUAUCGUGGAGUUCAUCGGGGAGAGUCGAGACCUGAACGCAACAAAGGAUGCAUGUGAUGCGGCAUGUAUGGAGGCUUACAGACAUGUGGAUGACAGAUAUGGAUGCAGUAUUGGCUGCCGCUCACAGGUGCCUUUCGCCCGGAAGAGAAAACAACAGCGUGAUGAAGAAGUCCAGAAGAUCCACUUCCUGACCCCGAUGAUGAUGGUGCGGAACAUCUACAGCGACUUGCUGAGCCGUGCCCAGAACUACAUGUCUGUCUCCUGGUCCCUCUACAUGCAGUCAGACAACGGCAAAAUCAUCGUUCUCAAGUCGGAGCCUGAAGUGUUUGUGGACAGGAUUAUCCCUGAAGAUGACAACUUCCACUUUCCAAGGUCAGAGCUGCGCCCAGAGGUCAGCCUGGAUCUCCUUGAUGACCUUGACCUUGAGCUAGACGACAGAAGAUUACAGCCCAGAGAGCCGCGCCUCCAGAGAAUAUCCCAGGAUGCUAAUUGGCCGGGCAGGCCCCAGCCGGCAGCUGAUUGGUUGGGCUGUGUGUCGAAGAAGUCGGGUCUGCCCAGGUGGCUGCUUAGCUCCACGCUGUUCCUGUCUGUGCUGGCCAUCCUGUGGCUGUGCUGUGCCACCUCCGCAACAGCACAGGAACAGACACUCAAGCAGCCGAAGCUGAGUAUCUAUGGAGACAUGGAGACCAUAGUUGCCCAACAGAAGUCAGCACCAGGCAGCGUGGUGGAAGUACCAACACUGGAAACACCAGAAGAACAAGCCGGCCCCUUACCGGUCAAGAUUAAGGUCGACCACUCCAUGGUCUAGGCAACAGGAAACCGGAGGAUUCCAGCUCGAACCGGUUUAGUGCAUCAUUGGUUUGGGCAUAACAACAGUUGUUGGAUAUACAGUAUCUUGUUAAACAUGGAAUCUGGACUACUUAGAGAGUGACUGCUGGUCAAAACUAGAAUCUUCUGGUUAAAUCUGGUUUAAACUGGUUGGAGAUAACAUGAUUCUAAGGCUUUUCCAUCCAUCAAAGACUAAGUUGUGGGGCAACAGAGCCAGAACUGUGGUUAAAUAUGGUAGGAGGUUGUAGAGUUAAAACAUGUCCAUUUUGUAAGAGAAGUUCUACAAAAGUAGUUUAAGCCAGCUUAGACUACAAAAAGACUAUUUGAAAUAAGAACAAGUUUCCGGUUUUGUGUAAAAAAAAAAUGCUGCCAUCAUUCAUUAUGAUUGAUGUAAUGGAACCACAUCCACAUUGGGGCAUGAUAUGAAAUUUUAAUGCUGAGCUGGGUGUGAUGUAGAUGUGUUAGCCUACCUGCAGCAAUGGUACUAAACUGUCCACUUUUCAAAAUACCUGGCCUCUGUGGUAAAAGUUGAUUAUAGGAGUCUGUAAGUUAACAGUAGAAGCUAGCAGUUACAUCAGUCAGCAGUUGUGUUUUUUUAAUUAAUUGGAUUAACUUGGCCAAAUUAAGAACAUUGGGUCUUGGUUCUAAAGCUCCUCACUGCUGCUGUCUGAAACACAGAAAUGCACUCCAAAACUCUUAAAAAAUACAUUUUUCUUACUGAUAAAAGACCUGUUUAAGAAUUGGUAUAUAAGGGCUGCAGACCAAGGAAUUUCUGUCAAAGGGAACUUUUAAGCCAAGGCAUGUUUUGGGGAUUCUGCUUUUACACUGUAAAUUGUACAAUGUAGGGAGAUAUGCCAAUGGAAAAUGGUGCAAUGUUGUAAUGUAUUUUUUGUCCUUUUUAGCAAAAGACUUGCUGUUUUACUGGAAUGUUUGACAUGAUGUGUAGGUUACCUAUGGUAGAUGAUUCAGUAGUGUUGCCAAAAUAUUUCCUUGUUUGACUUAAGUUGUUUCAGCAGAUGAAAUAAGUGAUUACUGGGUACCUAUAGCUACUCAGCCUUUCAGCACUACUGUUUGGGAACAAUGAACGAGUGAUCUUCAGUAGGCUGAAACUACAGAUUUCCCCCUUCUAUUUCCUGUACAUACAACCCUCCUGUCUUCUUCUAAAACAAAAUAUUCUCUCUUUGCUGUUUCUCCAAGAGGUUUGUCCAGUCCGGACAACUCUAUUCUUUUCCUGUCUCAUGGUACAUGUGCUAACAUUCACUGGAUUACUUGGGGAAAUUGUACAAAACUUAUGCCAGAACCACAUUAUAAGCCAUCCCCUUCACCAUAUAUAUAUAUGCCAGUCAGUCAUCUAGAAUCAGUCAGUGGACUUUCCCAUUUCUGCGUAAGGGAGGAUUCAUUAGGAAUUGUAGAUUUGAUCCUUUGUGUACAUGUAGCCUCCGGCUAUGUUGGAUAAUAAUCAUCACACACACUGUCGAAUGUCAGAAACUGUAAAUGUUAGAUAUGAAAAUGUUUCUUGAUUAUGGGAUAGUAACUGUUCUAGAAUCCUAAUGUUUCAUUUCUGGCCUCAAAUUGGCUCUUCUUUUCCCAGCAUGCAUCAUAUUUCCCAGCAUGCAUGAGGAUCAUGUCACAUUGGUUCUGCAAUUUAUGGAUUUUUCAUCUUGAAUAUUUUCUUCAUUUUAAUUGUUUAGGGAGGAGCAGUUCCAAACUGCCGAUUGGAAAGGGAGGUUUAUUUAUCGAAUCAAUAUGAAAUAGGGAAGAUGAUUGAUGGGAUAUGACUUGUCUCUUCCCCUGGGGUAAAAAUGGAAUAGCCCAAAUCAGUACAGUGCUGUUUCAUGUACUUAAUAGUGUAGGAAGUUUCUGAUUUUUGUUGUCUCUGUACAAUGGGGUUGGGUGGGGUGCUGAUAGCAUGUAUAGUGCCAUGACUUUCUUUCAUAGAUGCCAACAGUAUACAGAAGUGUGUUCAUGUCUUCUUGUACUACUAUGAUUAGGUUUUUGGACCUGAACUAUUCAAAUUUUAGGAGGGGGUGCAAAAAACAUACCCCAAACCACUAUUAGUUCUGCAAUAUUGUAGGAUAUAAAAACUACAUGUAUAGAUAUCAUGUACAUGCAGGUGUUGCUGUUGCACCCUUCGUGGCAUUGUAUUGUUCCUUUCUGUAUUAAAUGCUGCAAUCAUUAUUUCUUCCUUAGAACUGUGUGCUAGUAUCCUAUCCUAACAAUUUUAGCCUUGUCUUUUACGACCUAUUCAUGUGUUACUAUACCAAGGGAUUGUGUAUCAUUUUGAGUGAUGGUGAUUAUGGACUUUUAAUGUGUAAAUUAUCUUGGCAAUGUCUGCCACAUCAUUUCACACUAUGUAUAUCUCUUUCAUCCAUUGAGUAUUCAUUGUUGAUUUUACUUCUGGGUUUUAAACCCCACAUGUAGGAAGAUGUCUUGUAAAUAAGUGUCAGAAGUGUAAGUUAUUCUGCUAUGAUAGGAACAUGGGGUUGUAUGAAACGGUGUCGGGCUUCAUCUCAAUAAAGAGACUUAAACUUUC